CAAAAAAGGAAGUUAACCCAGCUAUAAAGAUAUUGAGGAAGUCCAAAAGUUACUGAACUAAAACAGCCACUGCUACCAGAAGCAUUUAAUUUUCUCUGAACUAUUCAAUCUAAUCAUGAGUGGAAAGUCCAACACACAAGGAGGAAAAGCAUUUGGACUUCUGAAGUUACACCAAGAAGAACGUCUGGAUUCCAUUAACAAAGAAUUCCUUGAUGACCCUAAGUACAGCACUGAUGAAGAUCUUGAAGAGAAGCUCUCUCUCUUUAAACGAAAAUAUAUGGAAUUUGACCUCAAUGACCAAGGAGACAUAGAUGUUAUGGCACUGAAGCGGAUGCUGGAGAAACUUGGUGCUCCCAAGACCCACCUGGAACUUAUGAAGCUAAUAAGGGAAGUAACUGGGGGAUCAAGCGAUAUCAUCCAUUACAAGGACUUCAUUAGAAUGAUGCUGGGGAAGAGAUCGGCUAUUGCUAAACUAAUCAUGAUGUAUGAAGAAAAAGCAAAGGAUAAAGAAGACAUUCCCUCGGGCCCUCCAACUAAGAAGGUCAUUGCAGAUCUUCCAUGAUCUGGCACAGUCGUGACAAAUUGCACUGCAACUCCUGCACUAUGCUCCUUCUAAAGUCUACUGAUUGCAAGGCAGAUUGAAACCUGGAUGAACCUAAAAGAUACCUACACCUAAAGAAAAGCAAAUGUGUGAAAGCUUUGAAAGGAAUGACUGUACAUAAACUGUGAACUUUUUUUUUUUG